CGAGCCUAGUGUAUCGGCGGGGGUGACUCGGCCUCCCGCACCCAGGCUCGGGCUGCACGGCUGCGGGAGCUUCGGGCGCAGUGAACUUGGGGGGGGGGGGGCUGGAGGCCCCUUCUCGGCAACUCUGACUCCAGUCCCUCGGAUGGGGCUUUUGCACAGUGUGGGUUUGAGGGAAAUUGUGGCUGGCCGAGAGGCCACAGGGAGUGCCUGGAAGGAAAACCGACUGCUGCAAGGCCCCAAGGUUCGUCUGCACCGAGCGAGACCAUGGCCCGCCUCUUCAGUCCGCGGCCGCCCCCCAGCGAAGACCUCUUCUACGAGACCUACUACAGCCUGAGCCAACAGUACCCGCUGCUGCUGCUGCUGCUGCUGAUCGUGCUCUGCGCGCUCGCCGCGCUGCUCCUGGUCGCCUGGGCCAGCGGCAGGGAGCUGACCUCAGAUGUAAGUUUCCUGACCACUGUGCUCUGUGCUUUGGGUGGCUUCUCUCUGUUGCUGGGGCUAGCUUCCCAGGAGCAGCGGCUGCAGCGCUGGACUCGUCCCCUUUCUGGCCUUAUAUGGGCUGCACUGCUGGCUCUAGGCCAUGGCUUCCUGUUCACUGGGGGUGUGGUAAGCGCCUGGGAUCAGGUGUCUUUUUUCCUCUUCAUCAUCUUCACGGUGUAUGCUAUGCUGCCCCUGGGCAUGCGGGAUGCUGCCGCUGCAGGCCUCACCUCGUCUCUGUCACACCUGCUGGUCCUUGGGCUGUACCUUGGGCGGCAGCUUGAUUCACAGUCAGCACUGCUACCUCAGUUGGCAGCGAAUGCAGUAUUGUUCCUGUGUGGAAAUGUGGUGGGAGCAUACCACAAGGCUCUGAUGGAGCGAGCAUUGCGUGCCACAUUUAGAGAAGCACUCAGCUCCCUGCACUCGCGACGGAGACUGGACACGGAGAAAAAGCACCAGGAACACCUUCUCUUGUCAAUACUUCCUGCCUACCUGGCCCGAGAGAUGAAAGCAGAGAUCAUGGCACGGCUACAGGCUGGCCAGGGGUCACGUCCAGAGAACACAAACAACUUCCACAGCCUCUAUGUCAAGAGACACCAAGGAGUCAGUGUGCUGUAUGCUGACAUCGUGGGCUUCACACGGCUGGCCAGUGAGUGCUCCCCAAAGGAGCUGGUGCUCAUGCUCAAUGAGCUCUUUGGCAAGUUCGACCAGAUUGCUAAGGAGCACGAAUGCAUGCGGAUCAAGAUCCUGGGGGACUGCUACUACUGCGUCUCUGGGCUGCCACUCUCACUGCCAGACCAUGCCAUCAACUGUGUACGCAUGGGGCUGGACAUGUGCCGGGCUAUCAGGAAGCUGCGGGCAGCCACUGGUGUGGACAUCAACAUGCGCGUGGGUGUGCACUCUGGCAGUGUGCUCUGUGGAGUCAUUGGGCUACAGAAGUGGCAGUAUGAUGUCUGGUCCCAUGAUGUCACAUUGGCCAACCACAUGGAGGCUGGCGGUGUACCAGGACGAGUACACAUCACAGGGGCUACCCUAGCCCUGCUGGCAGGAGCAUACGCUGUGGAGGAUGCAGCCAUGGAGCACCGAGACCCAUACCUUCGGGAACUAGGCGAACCCACAUACCUGGUUAUCGAUCCUCGGGCUGAGGAGGAAGAUGAGAAGGGCACUGCAGGAGGGUUACUGUCUUCUUUGGAAGGGCACAAGAUGCGCCCGUCACUACUAAUGACUCGCUACCUGGAGUCCUGGGGUGCAGCCAAGCCUUUUGCCCACCUGAAUCAUGUAGACAGCCCUGUAUCCACCUCCACACCACUCCCGGAGAAGGCGCUGGCCUCUUUCGGCCCCCAGUGGAGCCUGGACCGGAGUCGCACCCCUCGGGGACUCGAUGAUGAACUGGAUACUGGUGAUGCCAAGUUCUUCCAGGUCAUCGAGCAGCUCAACUCUCAGAAACAGUGGAAACAGUCAAAGGACUUCAACCUGCUGACACUGUACUUCAGAGACAAGGAGAUGGAGAAACAGUACCGACUGUCUGCACUCCCUGCCUUCAAAUACUAUGCCGCCUGCACCUUCCUGGUUUUUCUGUCCAACUUCAUCAUCCAAAUGCUUGUGACAAACAGGCCCCCAGCUCUGGCUAUCACCUACAGUGUCACCUUCCUCCUCUUCCUUCUCCUCCUCUUCAUCUGCUUCUCAGAGAGCCUGGUGAAGUGUGUCCAGAAAGGUCCCAAGAUGCUACACUGGCUGCCAGCAUUGUCUGGCCUGGUGGCCACACGGCCAGGACUGCGAGUUGGCCUGGGCACUGCCAUCAUCCUCCUGGUCUUCACCAUGGCUAUUGCCAUUUUGUUUUUCUUACCAGUGUCACCAGACUGCCCUUUUCUGGCUCCCAAUGUGUCCUCUGUGGCUUCCAACCUCUCCUGGGAGCUGCCUGGGUCCUUGCCUCUCAUCAGCAUCCCAUACUCCAUGCACUGCUGUGUGCUGGGUUUCCUUUCCUGCUCCCUCUUUCUGCACAUGAGCUUUGAACUGAAGCUCCUGCUGCUCCUGCUGUGGCUGGUGGCCUCCUGUUCCCUCUUCCUGCACUCCCACGCCUGGCUCUCGGACUGCCUCAUCGCCUGCCUUUAUGGAGGCCCUUUGGACUCCAGGCCAGGAGUGCUGAAGGAGCCCAAACUGAUGGGAGCUAUCUCCUUCUUCAUCUUCUUCUUCACUCUCCUGGUCCUGGCUCGGCAAAAUGAGUAUUACUGCCGCUUGGACUUUCUGUGGAAAAAGAAGUUGAGGCAGGAGCGAGAGGAGACGGAGAUGAUGGAAAACCUGACCCGGCUGCUCUUGGAGAACGUCCUCCCGGCACACGUGGCCCCCCAGUUCAUUGGCCAGAACCGGCGCAAUGAGGACCUCUAUCAUCAGUCUUAUGAGUGUGUUUGUGUCCUCUUCGCCUCGGUCCCCGACUUCAAGGAGUUUUACUCGGAAUCCAAUGUCAACCAUGAGGGGCUAGAGUGCCUACGGCUACUCAAUGAGAUCAUUGCUGAUUUUGAUGAGCUUCUCUCCAAGCCCAAGUUCAGUGGGGUGGAGAAGAUCAAAACUAUUGGCAGCACCUACAUGGCAGCCACAGGUUUAAAUGCCACCUCUGGACAGGACACACAACAGGAUGCUGAAAGAAGCUGCAGCCACCUUGGCACCAUGGUAGAAUUUGCAGUGGCCCUGGGAUCUAAGCUGGAUGUCAUCAACAAGCACUCAUUCAACAACUUCCGCCUGCGUGUGGGGUUGAACCACGGACCAGUGGUGGCUGGAGUGAUUGGGGCUCAGAAGCCACAAUAUGACAUCUGGGGUAAUACAGUGAAUGUGGCCAGCCGCAUGGAAAGUACAGGAGUCCUUGGCAAGAUCCAAGUAACAGAGGAAACAGCCUGGGCCCUACAGUCCCUGGGUUAUACAUGCUACAGCCGGGGAGUCAUCAAGGUCAAAGGCAAAGGGCAACUCUGCACCUACUUCCUAAACACAGAUUUGACACGAACUGGACCUCCCUCAGCACCCUAAGCUGAGAAUCCACCCCACUUCAACCUCUAAGAUCCUCAAUAAAGCGACUGGGAUGUCUGAA